UUUUCGCGGCGUCCAAUCAUCAGACAGUGCUGUGUCCGCCUCAGCGCGCUCCGCCAUUUUGUCGGGCUAUAAGAAAACUCAGCCAAGCAGCAAAGUUCCUGAUUAGAGCCGAAGUUCCUCUUUGUGCAAUGGACGGCCGCCUAGAGACUGAAUUGUAUCCUAUGGGAUCGAGUUACGCAGAAUUAGAUGUUGUCCAUGACAUUGCAGUUGGUACCAAGAGAGGAUCAGACGAGCUUUUCUCCUGUGUUUCCAACGGGCCCUAUAUCAUGAGUUCACCAGCUAAUGGUAACGACAGCAAGAAAUUCAAAGGUGACAUCAGAAGUCCUGGUAUUCCGUCUCGUGUCAUACAUGUACGUAAGCUUCCCAGUGAUAUCAAUGAGGCAGAGGUCAUCUCUCUAGGCCUUCCCUUUGGCAAAGUCACCAACCUGCUCAUGCUGAAAGGAAAGAACCAGGCUUUCCUUGAGAUGAACACAGAAGAGGCAGCGCAGACUAUGGUCAGCUACUACUCCUCAGUCACACCAGUCAUCAGGAAUCAUCCCAUUUUCAUGCAGUAUUCCAACCACAAGGAGCUGAAAACGGAUAAUUCACCAAACCAAGUGAGAGCACAGGCAGCACUGCAGGCUGUUAAUGCAGUCCAGACAGGUAGCAUGGCUAUUGCUGGUGUUGACCCCUCUGGUGUGACUGGCCCCAGCCCUGUUCUCAGAGUCAUUGUGGAGAACCUUUUCUACCCAGUGACUCUUGAUGUCCUCCACCAGAUCUUUUCCAAGUUUGGCACAGUGCUAAAGGUGAUUACCUUUACCAAAAACAACCAGUUCCAAGCUCUUCUACAGUUUGCCGAUGGUCUUACUGCUCAGCAUGCAAAGCUGGCCCUGGAUGGACAGAACAUCUACAAUGCCUGCUGUACUCUGCGCAUAAGCUUUUCCAAACUAACAAGUUUGAAUGUAAAAUACAACAAUGACAAGAGUCGGGACUACACACGACCUGAUCUGCCCACAGGGGACAGUCAGCCUGCUAUUGAACACCAUGCAAUGGCAGGUGCUGCCUUUGCCACACCUGGAAUUAUUUCUGCUGCCCCAUAUGCUGGUGCCCAUGCGUUUCCACCUGCCUUUGCCUUUCAACAGGCUGCAGGAUUGACCAUGCCUGGUGUUCCAGGAGCCCUAGCCUCUCUGGCUAUCCCUGGGGCUGCCGCAGCUGCAGCGGCAGCAGGCAGACUGGGCUUCCCCACCCUCUCCGGUGGUCACUGUGUUAUGCUGGUUAGCAACCUGAACCCUGAGAGAGUUACGCCCCAAUGCCUCUUUAUUCUUUUCGGUGUAUAUGGGGAUGUGAUUAGGGUGAAAAUCAUGUUCAACAAAAAGGAGAAUGCUCUGGUUCAGAUGUCUGAUGGAACUCAAGCUCAACUAGCAAUGAGCCAUUUGAAUGGCCAGAAGUUGUAUGGGAGGGCAUUGCGCAUAACAUUAUCCAAACACACAACUGUUCAGCUGCCUCGUGAGGGACAUGAGGACCAGGGGCUUACAAAGGAUUACAGCAACUCUCCCCUUCAUCGCUUUAAGAAGCCUGGUUCCAAGAACUACUCUAACAUCUUCCCGCCAUCAUCAACGCUGCAUCUUUCUAAUAUCCCGCCCUCAGUUGUUGAAGACGAUCUCAAGAUGCUGUUCUCCACUUCUGGAGCCUUGGUCAAGAACUUCAAGUUCUUUCAGAAAGAUCGUAAGAUGGCAUUGAUUCAGAUGGGUUCUGUGGAAGAAGCAAUCGAGUCUCUCAUUGAGUUCCAUAACCAUGAUCUCGGCGAGAACCACCAUCUUCGGGUGUCUUUUUCCAAAUCCACCAUUUAAAAGAGAAGAGGCGGAUUUUAAAAAAGAAAAAAAAAGACUGAUAUAAGGCUGGAAUGACCAGUCAUGUACAAACAUUAAAGUUGAGAUGACCUCAGUGUCUAAGUCUCAACCACAAGUCACACUUCCAGCAUUCCUCUGUUGUAUUUAUGAAGUAUAUGUAGUGGUUCUUUUUUUUCUUUUUUUUUUUAAAGCAUUUAAUGUCUGUGAGGACUAUCAAUAUCCAUCUUUUGCCCAUUUUAAUAAGCUGAUAAGCCUUUUGUUCAAAUUUGCUUUAAUCACUUGUAUUACAGAUGCCAUUACAGGCAUUAGUCACUUAAAAGUACAGCUCUGCUUUUUCCGGAGGUGCUUCUUGUGCCUUACUCUUACUUUUUUUUUUUUUUUUUUUUUUUAAAUCCUUACUCUUCUUAUUCUGAGACUAUAAAUAAUGAUUUCUAAUGUGAAAUCAAUAUUUUGUAAAAUUGUAGUUUACAUUCCAGUUGUGUACAGGUUUUCAUCCCGAUGUCCAUGAAGUUAAAGGCUAUGUUUUUUUUUUUUUCUUCAGCUACUGGGCAUUAAGAAAAUUCAUGUUACCUGGUCUGGACCACAGGCUAUCUCUAUAGGCCCAGUCCUUGUUUCCUCUCACAUAUACUGUAUCUAUAGACAUAGAAUGUUUACACAUGCUCUCUUUAAUUUAAUGCAAUCAUUUGUGUAAAAUACCACAUUUUACGUAUAUUUUGUUUUUAUACGGUUGGCUAUUGCAUGUUGGCCUCUGGUCAGUAGAGCCCAUUCUACUACUGUGCCUAUGCUCUUUUUCUGUACCUUGCAUAGAUCUUAAGUGACAUCAUGUAUCUCAUGAUUUUCUAUGUUUUAUAACUAUUCUAUUGUAAUUCUCAGUAUAUUUUAUGUACUCUUGUAGCUUUUUUUUAUAUGUACACUACAGCUUGAAACCAAAGGCUUUGUGCGACUUCUUAUUAUCAUAAGGGGACAAAUGUUUAUUCCUACCAUUUUUUUACUUUUUCAAAUGACCAGUUUAAAUUUCUGUAAAAGAUGGAUGGGUGGAGGAGUUGAGUAUAUUUAGUGGCUUGGAAUUCCCCUGUAUAAUUGUUUAUAUUCUAUCAGUCAGCACUGGUGUGUGCUUUUUCUUAUUCUUUGUAUAGUAUAUUACAUUAAGUUUGGCUGUGGGCUAUAUUUCAUUAUAACAUACAUAUUUACAAUACAAUAUAAAUGGUUAUUUUUUGGCACUGCCUUUUUGUGCUGUUAUCAAGGUAGCAGGUUUUUUUAAAUCUCUGCAUGGGACCAAUGUGGUGAAAUUCCUGAAAGAAGGAAUUUGCCUUUUAUAUUUCAAACUAAAUGCUGGAAUUUGAUAUUUCUCAUGUGCAAGAAAAAUGUAUAUUAAAAGAAAAAAUGGAGAAGGUGUAAAAUUCAGACAAUAUUGCUGUGCGGUUUGGAAAUUAGCAGGACUUAUGCAGCCUUACACAGCAUUUGACUGACCUCAGUACACAUAAUUUGCCUUUAAUGGUUUAAUGCUUUCCCCCCUUAAAGUGGAUAGAUGAGGUGUAAAUAUUAUUUUUGUACGGCAAUAUAAAAAGCAAUAGGGUUUUUUUUUCUUUUUAAAAGUCUGAAAGCAGAUGUAUAUUUUGAUUACAGCUGUGGACCAUGAACAUGCAAAAAAAAAAUCAUGAAAAAAUAGGGUUACACGGUCUUCAAAAUCUUUACCUUAACAUUCCUUUUGGAGAGUGUACUUUUGAUUAUGUUGCCUUCAUUAAACACUUGUUUACUCAGA